AUGUGGGUAGUUUUGGCACCUAGACCGCGAGCAUAUCACGUUUGCCAACUUCAAAUCGUGUGUGUUUCCGUAACCUCACGUGUCACAAUUCAUCCAGUGUAUUACUUAUGGUUGAAUCAGCAGCAGCCACCUCAAUUAGUUCUAUUCAUGAUACGGUAUUGCAACAUGAUGACAGCGCCAACACUGAUAUGCCUAUAUUUGAUCGUCAGUGGAGGACUAGAUUUUUCAUGCCAGAUCAAAGAAAAACUGGCACUCAACCCAAUUCCGAUUUAUGGUGAAUUCAUUCAUGCUCGUACAUUUGGUCUUACUUAUACUGCUGCUGACAAGCAUCAACUUGGAACAAGACUAGUCUUCAUUGCGCUGCAUGAAAUUGCUGUCUACCCGAAAGAUGUGAUGGCACAUUAUGUUUUGAAUGGCAUGCAAUGA